GCUCAUUAGCUGCCCUUACUUAAGAUGGCGACAUUAGCGUACUAUAUUAUUAGCUCAUAGAGACAUCGUCCGCUACUUGUUUGUUGUGCUUAGCUGUUUCACUUCCUGCUUUAGAUGGGCAGGGAAAGUAAAGGUAGCAGAAAGUAUCCUGUAGGAGUUAGGGGGGAGAAACAAAUAAUUCCUGUCAUCGGGCAUUUCAGACAGUACUACUGAGCGUGAUGGAAAUGCCCACCUCAGACUCUACUGGAUUUAAACUGCAGUAACAGCCAUCAAGACUUUCACUUUGCAUUUCAUUUGUUGUUGUUACUAAGACAGACGCUGUUCUUUUUUGUCAAGAUGGCUGCUGUGGGACAGCAGGGAUCGAACCUCACACUGGAGCAAGUCAAGGAAGUCUUAGGGGAGGUCAUUGAGGCAUUUCAAACCCCAGAGAAUACCCAGCGAAUGGAGGAAGCGCAGGACGAUGCGUGCAACGAGAUGGGGAAGAUGCUGCAGUUCGUUCUACCCGUUGCCACUCAGAUCCAGCAAGAAGUGAUCAAGGCGUAUGGAUUCAGCAGUGAUGGUGAAGGUGUCUUAAAAUUUGCACGACUUGUUAAGGCAUAUGAAACACAGGACCCUGAGAUUGCAGCCAUGGCCACAAAGCUGAAGUCCAUGUUCUUACCGCCAAUGACUGUACCACCCCACAGUAACACCUUACCUGCAUCCUGACCAGACAUUGGCUGAAACAUCACCUUUUCUUAAUACUGUCACAAUAUUUCAAAUUAAAAGCUAUUGCAGUCCUGCUACAAUUACUUAGAAUUCCAUGUCUAUUCACGCUAGAAGUCCUACUGUUGUUUCAGUAUCAGUGACCAUACAGCAGCUACAUUCCUGUUAUUUUUGGAUUAAGACUUGAAAGAAGGCAGUGGUGGAACUGAAACUGCAUAGCGACUCCGUCUCUUUGGUGGUGAACACUAACAGUUGACAAUUCAACCAUGUAUUACAUUGUCAUGUUACUGGAAUUUGGUUGUAUUUAUGUUCAUUAAUAAUAAAAAUAUUACAGUGUUUUAUA